GGUCUUGCAUGCCGCACACGGGCUGUAACACUGCCCUACUUCCCACUGGAUUCCUGCACACCGCUCUCACGGCGCACUGGCUGGUCAUGGCGUUGCGGACUGUCCGAAACGUACCCUGUGUUUUAAGUGUACUCGGCGUGUUGCUCCUCAGCAGUGGCCCAUCCCGAGUCUUCUCAUGUCCGAGCCGCUGUUUAUGUUUCCGUACCACUGUCAGAUGCAUGCAUUUAAACCUGGAAUCAGUGCCCGCUGUUCUUCCUCAGACAACAAUCCUAGAUCUAAGAUUCAACAAAAUCAAGGAUUUACAGCCAGCCUCCUUCAGACGACUAAAAAACCUCAAUACACUCCUUUUAAAUAACAACCAUAUUAGAAGAAUCCCAAGAGGAGCCUUUGAAGAUUUGGAAAACUUAAAAUAUCUCUAUUUGUACAAGAAUGAAAUCCAGGCGAUAGACAGAGAAGCUUUUAAGGGGCUCGUCUCUCUAGAACAACUAUACCUGCACUUCAACAACAUUGAGUCUUUGGAGCCGGAGUCUUUCUCUCAUCUGCCCAAGCUUGAGCGGUUGUUUCUGCACAACAACAGAAUUACUCAUCUUGCAUUAGGAACCUUCUCCCACCUGCAGUCUAUGAAGAGACUGCGCCUCGACUCAAACUCACUGCACUGUGACUGUGAACUGCUGUGGUUGGCCGAUCUGUUGAAGCAGUACGCAGAGUCCGGCAACGCUCAAGCCGCAGCUACAUGCGACUAUCCCAGCCGCUUGCAGGGACGCUCGGUCGCAACUCUCACUGCAGAGGAGCUCAACUGUGAAGUUCCCCGGAUCACAUCUGAGCCGCAGGAUGUUGACGUAACCUCUGGGAACACUGUGUACUUCACAUGCAGGGCAGAGGGCAACCCCAAACCUCAGAUCAUCUGGCUCAGAAACAACAAUGCUCUGAACAUGAGGGACGACACACGUCUCAAUCUUUUGGAAGAUGGGACCCUGAUGAUCCAGGACACACGAGAAACAGACCAGGGAGUUUAUCAGUGCAUGGCCAAAAACGUGGCUGGAGAGGUGAAGACCUCAGAGGUCACCUUGCGAUACUUCAGAUCACCAUCUCGACCUAGUUUCGUGAUCCAGCCGCAGAAUACAGAGGUUCUGGUCGGGGAGAGCGUGACCCUGGAGUGCAGUGCGACGGGCCAGCCGCAGCCCCGCGUGACCUGGACCAAAGGAGACCACACAGCCCUCCCAGUGGACCCCCGCAUCAACAUCACUCCUUCAGGAGGUCUCUACAUCCAGAACGUCAAUCAGGCCGAUGGGGGACAGUACACCUGCUUCGCAAGCAACAACGUGGACACCAUCCACGCCACUGCGUAUAUUAUAGUACAGGCUCGUCCUCAGUUCACAGUGACCCCUCAGGACCAGUCUGUGCUGGAGGGUCUUACAGUUGACUUUCGUUGCGAGGCCAGCGGCUACCCUCAGCCUGUCAUAGCAUGGACUCGCGGCGGCAGCCCCCUGCCUAAUGACAGACGGCACGUUGUUCUCUCAUCGGGAAGCUUGCGCAUCAGCCGCGUGGCCCUUCAUGACCAGGGCCAGUACGAGUGCCAGGCGGUCAGUCCUGUUGGCACUGCCCGAGCAGCUGUUCAUCUCAACAUCCUGCAACCCAUAACGCCUGUUUUCACGAGCGCUCCAAGGGAUACGACUGUGGAGUCUGGAUCAGAUGUCCAGAUUCCGUGCAGCGCGCAGGGUGAGCCCACACCUAUCAUCACAUGGAGCAAGGAUGGAGUCCAGAUUACAGAGAGUGGGAAGUUUCAUAUCAAUCCAGAUGGCUAUCUGGAAGUGCAAGACGUGGGGCUUGCCGAUGGGGGACGAUAUGAGUGUGUAGCCCGCAACUCCAUUGGAUAUUCCUCAUCUAGUAUGGUGCUAACAGUGCAAGUCCCGCAGGUGAGCAGGGAGGGUGAUCCGUUUGUCUCGACGUCUCUUGAAGAGGCCAUUCGGAGCAUAAACAGCGCAAUAGACUCCACCAGGAGGCAGCUCUUUGACGGAUCUCCUCGUACCCCUGGUGAGCUUCUGGCUUUGUUUCGUUACCCCCGGGACCCCUACACAGUGGAGCAGGCCAGAGCUGGAGAGAUUUUUGAGCAGACCCUACUUCUCAUCCAGAGGCAUGUCAACCAGGGCCUCAUGGUGGACACUAAUGGAACAGCCUACCGCUACAAUGACUUGGUGUCACCGCAUUUUCUGGAUAUGAUAGCUAACCUGUCUGGCUGCACGGCUCAUCGACGCUUCAACAAUUGCUCGGAUAUCUGCUUCCACCAGAAGUAUCGCACCCAUGAUGGCACUUGCAACAACCUGCAGCACCCCAUGUGGGGAGCCUCGCUCACUGCCUUCGAACGCUUGCUAAAGCCCGUCUACGACAAUGGCUUUAAUCUCCCACGUGGUGCCACUGAGCGAAGGCACAAUGGCUUCCCUCUGCCACUUCCACGUCUGGUCUCCACCACCAUGAUCGGAACAGAGACCAUCACCCCAGAUGAUCGCUACACACACAUGCUUAUGCAGUGGGGCCAGUUCCUUGACCACGACCUGGAUUCAACUGUCGUAUCCCUCAGCCAGUCUCGUUUCUCCGAUGGACAGUUGUGCACCUCGGUGUGCACCAAUGACCCACCUUGCUUUCCCAUCAUGUUCCCACCGGACGAUCCACGGCAGCAGCGCAACGGAGCACGUUGCAUGUUUUUUGUGCGCUCUAGUCCCGUUUGCGGCAGUGGAAUGACCUCUCUGCUUAUGAACUCUGUGUAUCCACGUGAGCAGAUGAACCAGCUCACCUCCUACAUCGAUGCUUCCAAUGUUUACGGCAGCUCACAGCAUGAGGCAGAAGAGAUCCGUGACUCGGCCAGCCAUCGGGGCAUGUUGCGGCAGGGUAUUGUGCAACGCACCGGCAAGCCAUUGCUCCCCUUUGCAACUGGCCCACCAACAGAAUGCAUGCGGGACGAAAACGAAAGUCCCAUUCCUUGCUUCCUAGCUGGGGACCAUCGUGCCAAUGAGCAGCUUGGGUUGACGGCUAUGCACACGGUUUGGUUCCGUGAACAUAACCGCAUAGCCAGCGAGUUGCUACGUCUCAACCCCCAUUGGGAUGGCGACACCAUUUACCAUGAGGCACGGAAGAUAGUUGGAGCCCAAAUGCAGCAUAUAACCUACAGCCAUUGGUUGCCCAAAAUACUGGGUGAGGCUGGCAUGAGGCUACUGGGUGACUAUAAUGGCUAUAAUCCCAAUAUUAAUGCUGGCAUCCUCAACGCUUUUGCAACUGCUGCCUACCGCUUUGGCCAUACGCUCAUUAACCCCAUUCUGUACCGGCUCAAUGAAAACUUUCAGCCCAUCCAGCAAGGACAUAUCUCACUGCAUAAGGCUUUUUUCUCACCCUUCCGUAUUGUGAACGAAGGAGGCAUCGAUCCUUUGCUCCGUGGCUUGUUUGGAGUGGCAGGAAAAAUGCGCGUGUCCACUCAACUGCUUAACACCGAACUUACUGAACGGCUUUUCUCGAUGGCGCAUUCAGUGGCACUCGACCUUGCUGCCAUGAAUAUCCAAAGGGGGCGUGACCACGGUAUACCCCCUUACAAUGACUAUCGGGUGUUCUGCAACCUGACGUCCGCGCAGACAUUUGAUGACCUGAGGAAUGAGAUUCAGAAUCCCAGUGUGCGAGAGAAGCUUCAAAGGCUGUAUGGCACACCUCAGAAUAUUGACCUGUUUCCUGCUCUGAUGGCUGAAGAGCUGGUGCCUGGCAGCAGACUGGGACCGACCCUCAUGUGUUUACUGGCAGCCCAGUUCAAGCGUCUCAGAGAUGGUGACCGGUUUUGGUAUGAGAACCCUGGCUCCUUUAGCCCUGCUCAGUUGACCCAGCUGAAGCAGACGUCUCUCGCCCGGGUGUUGUGUGACAAUAGCGACAACAUCACCCGAAUCCAGUCAGAUGUCUUUAGCGUGGCUAAAUUCCCUCACAGUUAUGGAAGCUGUGAUGAUGUACCUAAGAUUGACCUACGUAUGUGGCAGGACUGCUGUGAAGACUGCCGUACUAAAGGUCAGUUCAACGCCCUGUCAUACCACUUCAGAGGCCGCAGGUCAGCAGAGCACAGCUACGCAGAGGAGAAACCUGCCAGCAACCUCACGGGCAACAGCAGCACUUUGGAAGAAGCUCUAACUGCAGUAAACAUAACUGUAUCACCAAAAUCAAAAAAUGAACCCUCCAUUAAGGAUUUCCAAGACUUUGUUGCUGACAUGCAGAAAACUAUCACAAGUUUACGAAAACAGAUAAAAAGACUUGAAGGCCGUCUGAGCAGGACAGACUGUGCAGAUGAGGACGGGAGAGAGCGAGUAGAUGGAGAGAGUUGGAAGAAGAACCCCUGCACCACCUGUCAGUGUCAUGAGGCCCAGGUGACGUGUUUUGUGGAAAAGUGUCCGCAGACAGCAUGUCUGAAGCCAGUGACGCCCAAAGGCUCGUGCUGCCCCGUGUGCCUCAACCAGCCGUCACAACCGCAGGAUAACGAGCACCACGUAUAACCUCAGGACACUUAACCAAUUAGACCUUGAGCUCAUGCCUCCAUUUGUUUGAUAGUUGCAUUUCAGGGUUUUUUGUUGUUUGUCAUGUAUUUUUUUUGCAUAUCCUCAGAUGCCCUCUACGAAGAACCAAAAAUACACUGCCUUAAAAAGUGUCUAAACAGAUGAAUGUGGGGCCCUGUUUUCCUCCUCAGGCAUGUUAACCGGGAGACGACUACCCAAAGUGUUCAUUUACGAGACCGAGGAUGGGCGACUCCUGCAGAGUUCAGCUCUUAUCACUAGUCAAACUCACCAAACCAAAGUCUUCAGGAUUCCUUGAAAAUUACUGUACAGUCAGUUGCGCUCAAAAAAGACGAAAAAAAAUGUAGGCUUAAAUGUUAUGUAUAUUUAUGUAUUUGAAUUGCAUGUUAAAUUUCUGUACGGUUGGAUUACACCGUUUUAACAUCAACUAAUAGAGAAUGCAAUGCAUAUUUGUCAGUUAUGCAUCAGUGAAACUGGUAAGAUUUCUAAAGUGAAUGUUUUAAAUGCACAAUAACCAGGUAUAUAUAUAUUUACCAUCAGUACAUUUAAUUUGUUUCAAUCGCAUACAUUUAAACUAAAUGAUGAUUGCUUGUUCCAGAGCUAGUCAUAUUUUAACCAUUAACAAAUUACGUUUUCACAGUUAAAACAGAUGUAUGCUG